GGUACGAAUUCACUCCAACUAAAGUUCACAAUGUACGGCUAAUGUAAGCUUGUCUCAUAACCACCGUGACUGACACACAGAGUCUUAGCUGCGCGCAUUGCGUCGCACAUCCGCCAUGAACCAGGCUCAAUUUGAGCCCAUCCUCAGGAAGCUUUCGCGAGAUCCGAAAUCAGUUCUUGCUGCUGCUCGCAGGCGUGCAUCUGCAGAAAGCGUCGUCAUUGCAAACAGCUGGGAACCGCAGCAGGGCUUCAUAACCGCCGACGAUGCUCUUGAUCUCUUCCUCUCUUACCUGCAAGAGAGAGACGUCCCUGAAAACACGAACCCAAGGACAAUUUUCUGCGACGCGGCCAACUUUGCUUUCACCGGCUUCUUGGGAAUCAGCAGGCUCGGACUAGUCCUCGAUGAGCCUGGACGGCUAAAGCGCGUCGCUGACGCUUGGAACGCGAUCUUCAAGUGGACUGUCUUCAUCUUCUCGACGAGGAUUGAGGGGGUUUCAAAGAACGACAUACGGAGGAAGAGCACUAUCGAUGUACUCUCCGCCGCAUGGUACGCUCUGUGCUCCAAGGAUCCGAUCCGAGGCUUGAUGAUUGCUACGCCCAUGACCAUUGAGAUCGCUACGAAGCUGUGGCUUGAAGAAGACGACGGGCCACCUACUCACUUGAACGCACCAGCCGGUACAUGCUGCCUUAGCUCCCUAUUGAAGAUGGCGAAGAAGGAGCAGUUGGACAGGGUUUUGAAGAUGGCCGGGGGCAAGGCCGACGAGAUCGCGAAGCUCUCGCUCGCUCGUGUCAAGACGGUUCUGAAAGCGCGCCCCAUCGAUGGGACGCACUUAACGAUGCACCUCGACUUCAUCAACGCGCUGUCGCGCGAUGCGAGUCAUCCGUUACGACAUGCCCUCCUCGGCGCGAACGUCAUCUGGAUCGUCACGAACGCUCUCACCACCAUCUCCAUACAAGUGAAUCUGUCUCGCGACCUCUCGUUCCUCGAUGCGAUGGUAUCUGCGUUCGGGUACAUAGCAAAUUGCCUUGACUCGACGGAUGGCUUCACAUGGGUCUCGCAAUCCAUCGGAGCGGGCUUGCUGACGUCCUUCGUCGAUUGCAGCCCGCACUUCUCGAAGCUCGAUCCCGAAGACUUUGAUAUGAUCCUCACCAUCGUCAAUAACAUUCUCCCUCGGUACACUGUGUAUCGCUCUGUCCUGGAAGCUAUGAAUGGGCCGAUGCUCAAGAUCGACAAAGGACCGCAGAGGGACAGAGUACUGAACAGCGUUGUGAAGGACGCGUGGCGGACCUUCUUCGCCUCGAGUUGUGACAGGAUGACGCUACUCCACCAGGCUGAGGUUUGGAAAGGGAAGAAUAUCACCUGCGACAAUGUCAAGUGUCAAAAAGUUGGUACGAGAGAAGAGGUCCGAAGAUGUUCGGCAUGUCUCACUACGUUCUAUUGUUCGAAGGAAUGUCAAGCUAUUGCUUGGAAAGAGGGGGACCACAAGAACACCUGCAAGUUGAAGCAGCGAGAGAGGACCGAGGGGAAAGCGACCGGUAUUCUGAAACGCGACUUGGCCUUCUUCCACAACAUCUCCAUAUAUGACGCACGCAAGAACAUCUCUAAGCUCAGCCGCCAAGCAGACAAAGAGUAUCCUGGAAAAAUCAAAUCGCACUUGGUAGUAUGCAUCGACUACUGUGUUGUGCCUACAACCUACAAUCUUAAGCCUAUCGAAGGAUACGACACAGGCCCGCACUCGGGUUCUACGAACGCGCAGGCGCGGAACGAGUCGAUGAUCGAGAAGGUCAAGGAUAACCCGGGGAAGUACACCCUGAUCGAGGCGCGUGUCGCCAAUGGGCAGGGUAUGCAGUGCAUCCUGACGCUCGCGACCGGGAAGUUCUGGGAGUGGGACCCGAAGGAGGAACAGCGACAGAAGCUUAUCGACGCGCAGUUCAUCCUGCGUUCGUUUGUUUCUCGAGCCGAGGAGCGCCACGGCGUUCCGAACUCCGAGAGGGCGCCGAUAUUGACCGACCCCAUACAAACGGACUUCCCUGACGAUAUGCUCAUGGCGCUCCAGGAACUGUCGGACAACGAAUACGAGGACGAUGAUGAAUUUGAUUAGUGGAUUUGAUGACUUCAUGCAGGCGUUGUUCCUAUUCCACAUGGGUCGGCGGACGUCGCGCCGACCGUGACGAGUAGAGGUCUACAUCUGACCCUUGCGAGAUUUGGGGCUUUGUAGCACUAUGCGUUCUGAGCCUUUACCUACACAAUGUCAUACCGUGGUGGUUAGAGUGCCCACGAGAGAUGAUGGAUAGUAAUGUUGUGGCAUCGGAA